AUGAGAGCAUUUUUCCUCUUGUUUUUGAUUCUGAAGCUCAAUUAUGCGACAGAGGACAAUGAUGAAAGUUUGAACGUUACUGCUUAUUUUGAUAAAUUAACGUACCAAAGCAAACGGAAUGCUGAACAUCAAAUGAAAACCAAUGAAGUAAUCGCCCGACACGUGUCUCUUGCUCGAGUAUUUAAUGCUCUCUACCUGCAAAUUCAACUAUCAAAUGGUGCAUUCAACGAAAUAGAUGUAUCAGCUGGUUUAUGGAAUCUUAAAAACUCUUCAACUUUCGACAAGUUAGUUCAUUUGAAAACAUAUGGAUUGGAUGAACAACUGAAUAUACUGAAAGAAUCAUUCGAAAAAGUUGAUUAUCUCACACAACUCCGAGAUCUUGAUGAAAUGGCUGAAAAGUUUACGAUAUUGAAAAAAAUUACACAAGAUGAUCGAGAACUAUUGGAGAUGAAAUAUAGUUCCCCAGAGAUUAUUAGUAAUUGCGAUUAUUUUCAUACAUUUAAUGCCCUGAAAGAGAACCUUGCAAAGAACGUAUUGAAUAAACUGAAUAUUACUGAAAGCAUAAACACAACCGGUAAACCUUGGGCGGAAAUUGAACAACCUGCAGCUGAUCUUGGAAGAGCAAUUCUUGCUGCGAGGGAUGUAUUACCUGGUAUAUACAUAACGGAUUCAUCCAUAACGGAAUCUCGCUUUAAUUCUCUCAACUUUUCUGAAAAACCACUAGGCAAGCUAUUGAAUAGUAUGAAAGCGUCCAAAAAAGUUUUUGAUCAAGCUAGUGACUUCCGCCGACUCUCAACUCUGUUUUCGAAUUUUCAAAACUUAUCGCCGGAACUUCAAUCAUUUUACAACAUAUCUCAGUUGACUGGAAUCGAAAAGAUUCUACGAGAAAUUCAAGCAAUCUUUCAAGAAUUCAAUGAGCAGGCUUCUUCUACUAUUCUGAUUGCACCUCUUUUUAUUUCAAAACAAAAUUCUUCAGACUUCUGGAUUGAUGAAUGGAUAAAGACUGUUUUGAAUGAUGAAACUCAAGAGAUUGAGUUACAAACGAAUCGUUUCAAGGAAUUAUUGCACGAUGCAAGAUUAGACUUGAGUGUGUUCAAAGAUCGAGGAGUAUCUGACAGUCUAGAAAAUGUUCUUGACAUUAUCAGUAGAAUCAAGACUUUUCGAACAUUCUUGAGUGAAUUGAACACAAUAAAAUACAUUGAUUGUUUGAAUAUUUCUUCACUUGAAAUGCCGUACUCUUUUGCUGAAAUUCAGAGUUUAUCGUCAACUAUUGAAAAAAUACCCAAUCCGACUCGAAAGGUUAUGAAGAUUUUAGAAAGUUUUCCAUAUGAUGUCUAUGAGGCAAAAAGAAACAUGUUAACAUACGCUGAAUCUAUUUCAACAAACCCGGGAUCUACCUGGAUGGACCAGCAAACGUUUGCUUAUCUCCCCCAAACGAGAGAAUUGUUCCAAAAUUUAACCGAUUUCUAUGAAUUAUUGGUUCAAAAAGAUACUCAAUUGUUUGCUGAUUUAGCCAACGCCGGAGAGAAAGAGAGCAAAGUUAUAUCAUGGAUUCACAACACAAAUCUCUACGAAAAAUCAUGUGAUUCACUUUUUAAACUUGAUGAUAUUAAUGAUAUUAGUCUGGUUCAAAAACGUGUUUCCCGUUUGGAAUCUGAUAUUCACAUUGCUAGCCUACGACAGAUUCUUGAGCAUGUCCCACGGCUCCGAGCAGGUUUGAGGAACUUACUGAUUACAUCUGAUAGAAAACAUGUAUCAUUUCCAAUGUCUAAGAAAUUCGAAGGAACUCCAGAAAAACUGCUAAACUUUGCAUUUGCUGCAUAUUCUCUGGAAACUAUUAGUAAGAUUUCAAAUAUUAGUGAACACUUGGAAACUGUGAUCAAUAACGGUGAAGCUGUUCUAGGAGCUAUCAAGAAUAUAACUCAUCUGAAAAUUAAACAAGAGAUUGAAGAGACUUGGAGCAAAUAUCCGGAGUUGAAGAAAAGCCUGGAGAAAUUUAGAAGUAAUAAAAUGAAACUGGAUGAUUUUAUGAUAUCUGUCAGAACUGAGAAAAACCUUUCACAAAUUGGAUCAAUUUACAAAGAAGUCUCAAAUAUUCCAUUUUCAAUGCAAUUUGAUUUUAGAAAAAUGAGAGAAUCUUUGAGAUACCUAGAAGUUCCCAUGAAAGACAUGGAAACAUCAUUAGGAGUACUUGAAAGAUUAUUUGGAAUCAACUGGGAUCUUGUUUAUACUAAUUUCGUGAAAACUCCAUCGGAUAUGGUAGACUUGCAAGAAGAGUUCUUGAGAUUUUUGGAAUCGAAAGAAGAAUCAAUUGAUUGGGCUUAUGUUGGUGGUGCAGCAGCAAUCGUGGUCUUUAUUUUGCUGACAUCAAUCUUGGGAUAUUGUAUUGAACGUUGGACGUGGACAUGCGUUUAAGAAAACUAUGAGAAUAUGCAAUAGUUGUACGGAGGCUUUCUUUGAUGUUGUUAGAAAUGAAAAAGAACUGAAAUGUCAGCGUAAAGGAUUUUGUCGAAAGGAUGUGAAGGAAUGGAAAAAGUGUGAAGCAUGCAGAUAUCAGCAAUGCUUGGAAAUUGGUAUGACACUUGAAAGUGUUCCUCCUGGCAAACAGCGUCAUUCGGCAAAAAAUAAAAAGCAUCAAAAACGAAGCAAAAGUCUCAAGCCGUCUAAAAAAUUGGAGACACCAUCAGUAUAUGAUAAGUCUGAAGACAACAUGGUUUAGGCACAUUCGAGUUUGUCAAGUGAAGAGGCUGAAAGUAUGAAAGCUUUGACGUCGUGAUCAAUAUAAUUGCAUACUUUAAUCAAUACUGGGCACUUGCUCUAUUCUCCAAUUCUUUCUGUUUUUCACAAUCUAUUAAAACAAAUUAAGUUCAAUAAAUAAUUUAUCAAAAUU